GAGGGGGAAUCAUUUCUUUGCCUAACGAGAUUUUUUUUUCUUUAAAAAAAAAGGGUGGAUAUUAUUUCUUUCACUCCAAUAAGAAAGUGAUAAACGCUUGCUGGUGAGGCCUGUUCUAGCUGCGGUGUUCUCUCUGCCAGCUCACAUAACCUGGGGGGAAUGCGAAAGAUGUUGCCAGAACAAUUUUGAGCAGUGAUUCAGACGUUAAAAUAGAGAAAGCUGCAGGGCAGAACGUUCCCAGCGGUGCCUGCACAGAACUUUCUCCUGUCAAACCGUAGCUCCACUAAAUGAGAGAUCUUGACAAGCCGCCACAUUUAAGGGGGAGCCUCCUGAAGAAAACAGUCCCAUUCUCUUGUGACAUCUGAAACAUAAUACAAUUCACAGCAGGAGCUUCAGGUCUGGUGCGGUGUGGAACUCAGGCAGAGAUGCCCAGAGGUGCUGGCCCCUCAGCGGGCACCAAUGGCGGGGAGAAUGGCUACGAGACGCCCUCCGCCUCUGACCUCCAGAGACUGAUGUGGGUGAAGAAGGGCACCAGCGCCCACAUGGAUGAAGUCGUGCCCAGGAUUUACAUCGGAGACAUGUAUGCAGCCAAGGACAAGCGACAGCUGCUGGGCCACAACAUCUCUCAUGUGCUGAACGCAGCGCACGGCAAGUACAACGUCAACACGGGGGCCAGCUUCUACAGGGACACCAAGAUCACGUACCACGGCGUGGAGGCCUUUGACAUGCCCUCGUUUGACCUCAGCCCCUUCUUCUACUCGGCCGCUAAGUUCAUCAAGAAUGCCAUGGACACACCAGGAGGUAAGGUGUUUGUCCACUGUGCCAUGGGCUUGAGUCGCUCCUCCACACUGGUGCUGGCCUUCUUGAUGAUCCAUGAGAACAAGACCCUGCCCGACGCCAUCAAGGCCGUGGCCGAGAACCGGAACAUUUGCCCCAACCACGGCUUCCUGGAGCAGCUCCGGCAACUGGACAAAGAGCUGUACAGCCAGAGGAGAACAGGAAACGGCACACUGCUCAGGAUAAAGCCUUGCUGCGGAGUCUGGGUGUGACCCACGUUGUGAAUUCAGCAGAUGGCCCGGCGCAUAUCGACACUGGACCAGGCUUUUACAUGGACACCUGUAUACAGUACCAUGGAGUGGAGGCGCCCGACAGUAAAGACUUUGACCU